ACGUGCGAGCGAGCGUUAUACGAACAAGGAGCGUGCACAUCCUCCUUGCUUGCACAUAUACGCACACAACGGGUUAUUUUUUACUUCACGUACGGAUUAUUCAUCUUCCUUUUUCCUUCCUCUUUUUUUUGCUCUCUCAUUUGACAAGCGACAUAAAUGUGAUAUAUAGUAUCUAGACUUCUUUCCACGUUUUCCGCUUACCAGAUGAACACCUCCAACGACGAUAUCCAAAAUGCCACAGCCUCCCUGAACGACAAAAUAACUGAUGAAUCCUCCGUAGUACGGUCGAUUCAGAGCGAUGAAAACCAAUUGCGCACGCUUGUCGUCGUCCUGUCGCUGGCAGGCGGCCUUGUGUUAGCGUUAACACUGGGAUUUGGAAUCUAUCUCUAUUGGCAUUGCUGUUCCUCACGUCGACAACAAAAGAAGAAGCUAUCGCACGAGCAGAACGGUUAUUUCUCAGACGACGAUGACAUAGACAGUUUCGCUAGCAAUGACAAACCCCGUGACAAGCAUGCUUCCCAUCGGCCCGCGCAGUCGGCACCUCUUGAACAGAACUUUUCAGUAAUAGCGCCCAUGCCACAACCACCUUCAAUACCACCCACUAAUAUCCACUAUAACGGUAAUCACAGCGGUGCCAACAGCAUUGACAAUAGCUGCGAAUCCAUGCCUGCUUCACCCACUCCUGUCGUAGUCAAUCACGGUCCGGCACCCUCGGCACCCUCGGCAAAGGAGCUCGAUCGUGCUGGACACCAACAUAUCUGCCAUCAUAAUGAUAUAGAAGCCUCAAAUAGUAAUAGCGAUAGUAUCGACUACAUGUUGAUUUACGGAACGGCUGGUCAGCAACAACAGCAACAUAAUCAUCAUCACAUUCACCACUUCCACUCGCAUGCCGUCGGAUUACCAGAGCAGCCGCCUCCAGCAUACACUUCCCUUACUCCCUGAGCCAACAUUAUGCAUAGACUCUCCUCAUCUCUCUCCUCGUCGUACCCUCCCGCUUCAAUCUGUUGUAUCUAUUCUCUUAUUCGACACGCACACACACAGUCUUUGCUCUGAUCCCGCAUUCAUUUCCAGUAACUCACAAAGUAAAUAAUGACACUAUUAGU